UUUAAUAUAAAUACAUUUUAGGUUAACUUUAAAAUUAUUUAGAACUUAUUUGAAAAUAAAUAAUAAAAUAUAACUACAUUCUGUCUUUAGAUUAUAAUACACUCACUAUUUAGAUAAAAAUAUUAUACUCACAUAGUAGUUAAUAAAAGGCAAAAUGGAAAGAUCUUCAUUGACUCCAGCAAGAUUAGAAGAAUUCAUUAACAAUUAUUUAAAAGAGGAUUUAAAGGAGCUAGAAUACCAUUUAAACCUACGAAAUAAUGAAAUAAUGGAAUUUCUUCAGCUUAAAAAUACUAUUGAAACGAUAAAAGAACAUUUGAGAUAUGGUUUCAAAACACAAAUGGACAUUGGAGGAAAUAUUUUUAUGGAAGCAAAAAUUGAUGAUCCACAAAGAAUAUUAGUAAAUAUUGGAAAAGAUAUAUUUAUGGAUUUUAGUUUAGAUGAAGCUAUUAAAUAUGUUGAAUUUAGAAUAAGAAUUUUAAAUAAAGAAGUUGAUGUGAUUAGAGAAGAGAGUAUAAAGAAAAGAGCCGAUAUAAAAUUGGCAGUUAUUUGUUUAGGAGAGAAACAAAAUUUGAUCAAAUAAAGGACGUUGCUUUUAUGUACUUUUAUAGAAAAAAAUGAGAUAUGAAUUUAUUUUUUAAUAUCGUGUUUAUAAUGUAUUUUUAAUCCAUUUCAUAAAAUAAAAAUUUUAUUGCUAGUAAGUUUUUUGUUAGGGAUUUAUAAUGUUAUAUAGGUACGUAUCAGUCCAGUUGUGAGAGGUUAUCUAACUUAAAAUUGCAAUUUUACAUUUUCAUUAUUAUUUAAUUGUGUUGAAGCUCCGUUUAACUUGAAAUUAUAUGACUACUGAAUUAUUUUGUAAUAUAACAUACAAUGCCAAUAAUUUUAAACAUUGCAUGUGCAAGUAAGUGUUUACUACAUUUUGAUGUAAGAAAAUAAAUUGGAUUACUUGAUUGGAUACACAGUUACUCUGAAUGAAUAAUAAAUUCAUAUUGUUUACAACUUUACAACAAUUUUCGUACUAAAGCGAAUAGUAAGUUUCGAAAUGUGAAAUUUGAAUUAGAUGAAAAUUAUCGAUUAAGUAUCAAGAACAGUAUUGGUAUCAAGAUUUGUAAAUUUCGGAUAUAAAAAUGGUUCGAAUGUUAUUCUCACAUAAUUCACAUUUAGUUCAUCGAAAUGAAGAUAAUUAAAGUACAUGAUAAAGUAUAUUUUGUUAUAAAUACUUUGAAGAAGCUCUUAAAUAAGGAGCUGGUCAAUCUUUAACAUAACACGUUUAAGGUUAAAUUCAUGGUUGUAGUACUCCUUCUAAUAAGCAAACCCAAAAAUCUCAUUUAAAAAUUUUUAAAAAAUUAUAAAAAUCAAAUUUCAUAAUUAUAUAAGAAGAAAAGUUAAAUAUGUUUUUAUUAAUUUCAUAUUGUUUUUGUUUUUUAAUUUUAACAUUCUUACACAUAAAA